AUGGACCCCGGCACCGUGGCCGGCAAGCGGCUCUACCUCAUGCAGAUGCUCAUCCUGCCCCUCAUCCCCAUCGCCGCCGUCAUCGCGCAGAACUCCGUCAUGCUGUACGACAUGCGGCAGAUCCUCACCAACGCCGAGCACCUCGGCACGCAGAUCGCCCUGACGGCCGGCGUGAGUCGCCUGCUUGUCGCCUUCCAGCGCGAGCGCGGCGAGAUGGCCAACUACAUCUUCAGCCGCGGGAACAGGACGGACCUGACGAUGGUGUUCGACUUGACGGACGAGGUCAUCAGGUCGACGCCGACCGCGGAGUGGCAUGGGAUGUUCAACCGCGACAAGGCCUUCGACGACCACCUCUCCAGAAUCAGUUCAAAACGAGAAGGACUAGUUGCCACAGCGAAGAACGUCACUCGGAGCGCGUCGGCCGCCCUCUACGAGAUGGGCUACUACAACAAGAUGAACCUCUUCAUCCUGGACAAACUCUCGCAGCGGAUUAGCGAGACCAGAACUUCCGGGUCCUGGAGGCUCCUCAUCGCCUACAAGAACCUCCUGCGCGCGGCCGAGCACACCUCCAUCUCCAUGGUGUUCGGGCUGCACUACUUCGGGCUGGGCGCGCUGCCGGGGCGCUGCUUCUCGCGGUGGGCGCGCCACGACGCGCUGUCCCUCUCGCACCUGCAGUCCGCCAAGCUGUUCUCGCCCGGCCUGGAGCGGCGCCUCGGCCGCUUCGACGCGGACAACGGCAACCUGGCCGCGGACAUCGUGCGGUGGUGA